AUGUCGUGGGACCUGCUUCAGCGCUUCCUCGAAUCCGACGUUUUCAAUUCGAAUCCCUUCCUCCCCGUCUCCUACCUCUCGCGCUAUGCCGACCAUGUCGGCAUCCACUAUGUCCUGUGCAACAAGCUCCGGCAGUUUCCCUACGAGGAUAUUGAGUUUUUCCUACCGCAACUCUGUCAUCUCAUAAUCUCCGUCGACAAUGAGUCCAUGGCCCUGGAGGAGUUUCUGCUCGAUCUAUGCGAAGAGUCCGUCACCGCCGCCCUGCUUACCUUUUGGCUGUUCCAAACCUACCUGCACGACCUCUCCAACAAUCCCUCGACAAAUGCAUUCCAGACAUGCCGCCGCGUGUACAACAAGGUCCAGCAUAUCGUGUUUGGCCUGGCUGAUACGGGGCGACACGAGAAGAUCAAGGAAAAUGUGCUCCCUGUGACGGUUCUGUCAAGCUUCGUGCUGGCCAGCGUGGCGCUACCCAUGAUCCCCCAGUGGGCCGGGCCCCUGGCUGUUGCGCAGGCGCGCAAACCGCAGAACGAGUUGGAGACGGUGAUGGAGGCGAAAGACAAGGACGGUCCCAAGCCGCAACGCGCAAAGACAGUCACGGCAUCCAGCUCGAAAUUGGCAAAGAGGCCCAAGGGAACGUCUGCCUCGAGUCAUGCCGACGGCGAGGAAGGAAGACCACGGAGCUCCAAGCCAAGUAGCCCAAAGCCGAAGCCAAGACCUGGCACAAGUGAGAGCAAGCGACCGUCUGCGUUAGAGUUGUCGUCACUAGAGGCAAGACUAAGCUCGGCUUCGCUGCCACUGCCGUCACCCAAUGUCUCCACGAGACCCGUGUCGCCAAUGUCUGUAAGUAGUAGCACUACAAGGCCGGGCGACAACAUCAAGAGGAGGCACUCGCAUCACGUCAAGGGCCUAGGGCUGGACAGUGAUCUUUCGGUGGCGCAAAAGGUGGGACUGUUGAGGCAGCACUACUUUAGGUCGCAGACGCAGUUCCUCACGGCCCUGGAAGGCAUCUCAAAUCGCCUUGUUAUUGUGCCGAAACCAGCCCGUAUGAGCGCGUUGCGAGCUGAGUUGGCACUGAUCUCACAAGAUCUACCGGCCGAGGUCGACAUCCCAGUCAUCUGCCCGCCCGCUCUGGUCGAAGGCCAGCCUGGGAAAAGUUGCCACCAUCGCAUCGUGCGCCUCAAUCCUGCCGAGUCGACCGUUCUCAACAGUGCGGAAAAGGUCCCGUACCUCAUGAUGGUGGAGGUCCUCAGGGACGACUUUACGUUCAACCCAGAUACACCGGAUAACCAACGAUUACUCGGGAAGCUGAUCGGAGAAGGAGGCACCUCCAGGCGCCUGUUUGAUCUGUCUUCAGAGUCGCCCAAGGUCACACAAACGCCAGUACCGCCGGCGGAGCCAAUCCUGGACAGUGUUUUCGAGCCGGUCUCUGGUGAUCUGGGCAGCUCACCCAUGCUGAAGCCGUUUGACGACGAGCCUGCUGCCAAAUUUCCGCCGCGGUCCAUACCGCCGCAAAGCGUGCAGCGGAUUUCGAGCGGUGCAACCACAUCAUCGACUACUCUGGAGGCAGUGACCCCACGGACCUCAGGACAGUCAGCAUCGCGAUCAAGCAGCCCGGGUGGGAGGAAAAUGACGUUGAACUUGCCACGGCCGGUGCCGCAAGCUGCCGAUCAACCAGAUUUCUCAGCCCUGGCGACGCAUAUGCGGACAGCGUCGCAGAUGCUCGCGCAGUUGGAAGCCAACAGCGGGAAACGGCCAAAACAGGAAGUGGCUGCCAUUCGGUCCAAGAUCAUUGCCAGCAUGCAAAGCUUAGAGGAGCAGAGCUUUGACACGGAGGAUCAAGGGCCGACGUUCGACACGAUCAUUGCCAAGAACAGCGUUGCGUCACCGCCGAUAGACAAUCCGGACCUAGAUGAGGACGCGCCUCUCGACAAAGCAAUGGACACCAACAUCAAUGCCAGUGCCGGAAGGGAGCGUAUGGAAAACGACUUCAAGACUGGUGGCGUACAGCGCCGAGGCGAUCGCGACGACCCAAGUGCCGCCGUCUUUGGCGAGGCGUGGGAAGCCAAAAAGGAGCGCAUCCGCAAAUCAUCCCCUUAUGGCUGGAUGAAGAACUGGGACUUGGUCAGUGUGAUUGUGAAGACUGGUUCUGACCUGCGGCAAGAGGCAUUCGCUUGCCAGCUGAUACAAGUGUGUCACAAGAUCUGGCUCGAUGCCGAGGUGGACGUUUGGGUCAAGCUCAUGCGGAUCCUUGUGACGGGCGAGUCAUCUGGUCUGAUUGAGACGAUUACAAAUGGUGUCUCGCUGCACUCUCUGAAACGCAGCUUGACGCUGGCGUCGAUUGAGUCCGGGCAGAACCCACGGCAUCGCAUCGCCACUCUAAAGGACCACUUCCUGAAAGCAUUCGGACACCCCGAUAGCAAACCAUACCGGGCAGGCGUUGAGGCAUUCAAGCGGUCACUGGCCGCGUACAGCAUGAUCUCGUACAUUCUACAGCUCAAAGAUCGGCACAAUGGCAACGUCUUGAUCGACAGCGAAGGUCACAUUGUCCACAUUGACUUUGGCUUCAUGUUGUCCAACUCGCCCGGGUCUGUGGGAUUCGAGGCAGCCCCGUUCAAGCUGACACACGAGUACGUGGAUGUACUGGGUGGAAUUGGGUCGCAGGAUUUCGAGGACUACAAGAAGCUAUGCAAGCAAGCGUUCCAGGCACUCCGACGCUCAGCGGACAACAUCAUUGACCUAGUCGCCAUGAUGGGCCACGAAUCGCGCAUGCCCUGCUUCGCGGUCGGUGUGGCGCACGCGACGAAUACUCUCCGCCAGCGCUUUCAGCUGCAUCUCAGCGAGAAGGAGGCGGAGCAGUUUGUCGAGACGGAUCUCAUUGGCAAGUCGUUUGGCAGUUAUUACACACGACUCUACGAUACCUUCCAAUAUCGGACGCAGGGGAUUUAUUGA